AUGUCUUACAUUCCCUUGAUUCUCGCAGGGUUUGCUGCUUCAACUGUCGUAUCGCUAGCUCUAAUUCCUCUGCAAGCCAUUGUGACCCCCGCAAACCAUUCCGUCACAGAGGUAGCAUUCAACUCGUCCAAUCCAACCAGCCAGAGCAUCCUCUCCUCCACUUCUGCCUAUGUGCCUUCGGUCUCUGCAUCCAACCACUCAUCCGAAUCGUUAGCAUACGGAUACUACCAAUGCAACGCAAAGAAGUUCGGUCAACCCAAAUUCAAUAGCUGCCGAGAGGCCUUACAUCAGAUGCCGAAUGGCUGGGACUUGAGCACUUAUGGAGAUCGCACCGUUUUCGGCGGUAGUGUUGAUUUUCCACUGCCUGCCAGAUACGCCAGCAUCGAUGGGGCUUGCAUUAUCGAGGUGUUUGCAGCGAAGCAAGGUGCAAUCGACAGACUGGAACCGUCCCAUUUGAAGAUGAGCAUCCGUUAUCUCCUUGAUAAGUGUGUGCGGGACGAGGAGCACGAAGGCGGGUUUGCGAAGUACUUGGGAGAAAAUGGGCGUCUCUCCGUCUUCGUAAAACAGUCUACUACACAGUUCAAGUGUUUCGUACCCAUGGGUUUAUCUCCAAUAGGCUCUGCGUGUCAGUUACCGUUGAACACAAUGCCUGUAUCCAAUUCAACGGAGCUGUUCGGUGAAAGGGGUACGCAAGGUAUCGACGUCGGUCUUCCGCUGAGAUACACAGACCCCCGUGAUGAAUGUGCAAUCGAUGUUGUGAUCGAAGGACCACCAAUCCGGGCUGAUUGGUAUGACCUUUGGGGUGCUGCUGCGAUCGUUGUCGCUGUCUGCGCCAGGCGUGGCAAAGAUGGCGUCUUUGCCAAAACAGUUGGCGAGACGGAACUUGCGGUCUGGGUUUCUGGAGGUAACUCGCUGCCUAUGCCGGAAAAUACGGCGUGA